AUGUGCUUGGAGUGGGGUUAUAAAAGCCUAAGGAAAUUAAGAAACUUGGAGGUUCUUGAUUUCUCUUUAAAUGUAUUCGACAACAGCUUACUUCCCUUUCUUAAUGCUGCUACAUCACUUACGACUAUAUUUUUUCGGCGCAACUCCAUGGAUGGCCCUUUUCCUAUUAAAGAGUUAUCUACCCUGGUGAAACUGAAAGCUUUAGAUCUAAGUGGUAAUCAUUUUUCUUGCUCGCUGGGAAUAAAAGGCAUGUCCUCACAAAUAUCUCUUUUAACUUUUAACACUGGUAGUGAAUUCACGUUAAUAAUGAAAAUGAAAGUUUUGCAUUUGACCAUCGCAGGGAUUUGCCAACUGAAAACUAUACAAGAGCUUGAUCUAAGUCAAAACAACCUUGUAG